GAACCCAGACGCGCCAACACAUUUACUCUUCUUCUUCGUUGCUCGCUCGCUCGGGUGAUACAAGUCUAGAGAGAUUGGAUCUGCAGAGUUACCUUACGUGCCAAUGUCUCGCUACCAGUCUCCUUCCUUUGAUGACGGCGAGGUUAAUCCUUUUGCGUUUCAAAUGAGAUACCCAUCCAUCUGCAGAGAAUCCAAUAUGUUGCUUUCACAUCAAUGCUGGGUCUUGUGGUGUGCCUGCUAUGGAACAUUGUUGCAGUUACCACCGCGUGGAUUAAGGGAGAAGGUCCGACAAUAUGGUUUCUAGCUAUUAUCUAUUUCAUAUCGGGGGUUCCUGGAGCUUAUGUUAUGUGGUAUCGCCCUCUUUAUCGUGCCAUGAGGACUGAUAGUGCUCUGAAGUUUGGGUGGUUUUUCUUCACGUAUUUGUUUCACAUAGGGUUUUGUGUGUUUGCGGCGGUGGCUCCUCCAAUUAUCUUCAAGGGAAAAUCUCUGACAGGAAUAUUGCCGGCUAUCGACGUAUUGAGUGGGAAUAUCUUGGUCGGGAUAUUCUACUUCAUUGGGUUUGGGUUCUUCUGUCUGGAGUCACUCGUGAGCAUCUGGGUUAUUCAGCAAGUGUACAUGUACUUCAGGGGGAGCGGGAAAGCAGCAGAGAUGAAGCAAGAGGCUACCAGACGAGCAAUGAUGGCAGCUCUCUGACCAGUGACCACAUUCACACCUUUAACCCAUCUCCCAUUUUCCCCCAAUUUAACAUACAAACAGUUAACUUUUCAGAUCCUCUCCUCUUCCAAGGGGGAUUUACUUACUCCGCCACUCACUUCUCCUUUGUUUUCCUCGAAUUUCAUUUAACUAUCCAUCUUUUCAUAUUGUACUUAAAACCUUUCAUAUUACUCAUCUUUCAAAGAAGCUCUAAAAUUGUGAAAUC